CUCGCUCCUUCUCUCUUCCUUCUGUGGGAAGUACACGUCGUCACACGAGGUCUAGCUAACCAGCUAAGAGUAUUAACAAUGGGCUUCGGUGACCUGAAAUCCCCAGCUGGACUUAAAGUCUUGAAUGACUUUUUGGCCGACAAAAGUUACAUCGAAGGGUAUGUUCCCUCUCAAGCCGACGUCGCUGUGUUCGACGCUCUUUCUGGGGCCCCCUCAGCUGACCUCUGCCAUGCUCUGCGUUGGUUCAACCACAUCAAGUCCUACCAGAAAGAGAAGGGCAGCCUCCCAGGAGUGAAGAAAGCUCUUGGUCAGUAUGGACCAGCUGGUGUAGCAGACACGACCAGUGGAGGUGGAAAUGCUGGUGGUGACGACGAGGACGACGAUGAUCUUGAUCUGUUCGGCUCUGAUGAGGAGGAGGAAAGUGAAGAGGCCAAGAGGAUCAAGGAGGAGAGGCUGGCUGCCUACAACGCAAAGAAGUCCAAAAAGCCCACGUUAAUUGCCAAGUCUUCCAUCUUGCUGGAUGUCAAGCCCUGGGAUGACGAGACUGACAUGGUGGAAAUGGAAAAGAACGUACGGACCAUUCAGAUGGACGGCCUUCUCUGGGGACAGUCCAAGCUUGUUCCAGUUGGUUACGGCAUCAAGAAGCUGCAAAUCGGAUGUGUGAUUGAGGAUGACAAAGUGGGCACAGACACGCUGGAGGAGCUGAUCACUGCUUUUGAGGACUAUGUACAGUCUGUGGAUAUUGCUGCCUUCAACAAAGUUUAAAGCCCCAAAGCAGAGGUUGCAGACAUGCAAUAAAAACGGCACUUCAAGAAUGAGAA